AUGUAGGCAGUGGAUACUUACUAAAGUAACUUGCUAAGCGAUUUUGUAAGGUUUCUUCAUAAUCAGGUUGCCAGUGACGGCAAGUACGUGCACAGUUCUUUCCGCAGCAUUGACAACUACUACGGGAAUCUGUUUAUUUGCGGGUAACAGGCAUCCUUGGAGGAACAAGUUAUUUGUGCCUGGGACAGGGACCUAUCUCACCUGAGUAUGUGAGUAGAGCUCUAUCGGUCUGCCCAGGGAAUACUAUGCGCACGCGUGACCUAAUCAUCUCAAUUGCAAUCAUGACUCCGCUCCGCUACCAUAUUAAUAUUAGUGAUCAUGCACAUUGCAGAUGACGAGCCUCAAACUACUACUGAACCAAAUCAACCCGUUCUCGUCUCGCCAUGAAACAACCGACCAUCAUGAUGAAGAGGAAUUCAAGCUUCCGAACAUGACGUCUCUGGUCAUCAUGAUUUCAAUGAAUCUCCUUCUUCAAGUCUCGUUUUUCAUCGUCGUUUCGUCGUCGAAUAAAUAUGCAGAAUACUUGGGAGGAAAUGCCACUUUCUCUGGAAUUGUCAUCGGGAUUCCGACAGCUUUUGCCGGACUUUCUUUGAUUCCCUUGACAAAGUACGAUAAAGGGAUGUACAAAAUGCCCCUUCAUGUCAGUUGCUGCUUCGCCAUUCUAGGCCACGUCGCCUACGCUCUGGCUUUCCGGGCCAACUUUCUAUAUUUGAUUUUGAUCGGCCGUUGCCUCAACGGGGUUGCAUUCUCCAUGUUCAUGUACUGCAAACGGUACUGCACAGACCCUCGGAUUGUUGGCAUAAGACGGAGAACGACGCUUGCUAGCUGGUUGGUCAUUUGUCAAGGCAUGGGCAUGAGCCUUGGCCCAUUCCUUGGUGGCGUGUUGUACAAAGUCGGGUUCUCAAACUCAAUUUUCAACGGUUAUACAAGCCCGGGAUGGAUCAUGACCGGGAUCUACGCUGGCUUCUGGGUUUUGGUAACAAAAUAUUUUGAGGACAUCCCUCAACCACCAACCAUCAUGGAAUUGCAGUCAGCAAGAUUAAGUCAUCCGAUCGUUUCUUUAGAAGUGAUAGGUGAAGACACAGAGGCUUCUCCAGAUUAUCCAUCAGCGUCUACCGCACAUCUUGCCUCACCCAUUGACAAAUCGUUCAGAGCACAACUCUCGCUGAUUACGCGGUCCCAGUGGGGUGUCAUUUCAUGCAUGUGCUGGUUCGCGAUGCUCUGUUUUUUCAUCCUAGGCUCUUGGGAAGCCAAUCUGCCUGUUUUUGGUGCUGCUGCUGAAAACUUUCACUGGUCACCAUUUGCUGCAGGAAAUUUCAUCGCUCUCGGCGCAAUAGCAUGUUUCCCUUUCCUGCUCUUCAACCUCUUAGCUGCACGUCGCAUGCAGGAUCGCAAACUCCUUGCAUGCGGUACGAUUAUCGGCCUUGCCGGGCUUAUCAUUUUUCUUUCCAUCCUUCGCACCGACAAGGUCAAUUAUGGCUCGCUGUUUGCAUGUUGGUGGACCGUAGCACUCGGUUUUAACCUUGCGACCACUGUGACCCUUAGUCUACUCAGCAAGCAGCUUCCACCCGAGUGGAAUGGGCGCACUUCAAUGGCAAUUCAAUACAGCAAUUAUACUGGUCGUGUUACCGGCGCAAUCUGGGGUGGUUCGGGUGUUUCAGUGGGGAUGUCAAACUUUGUGGGAUUGGAGAUUGCUAUGGUCGGUAUUGGAGCUGUUUUGUUUACCACAUUGUGGAGGGAUCUAAAGACGAAGACGGGAUGACAUCCAUCUAUAGAGGCUCGCCAUUAUGAUUACUGCACAACUUGUUAUAACGUGCCAAUUAUGCAAUCAUGAUCACAAGUAGUUGAAAUAAAACAUCUCAAGUCCACAAUAUUAUAGACCUUGGAGUGUCCGUCUCGUAUUACAUAAUAUAACAUAUCCAACAGUCUGGAAACCCGCCGAGUAUCGGCGAGUAACACUAAGACGAAUCGGGCGAGAUUAAUAGGACGAAGUUAUGAUUCUUUAGAACGUUAUACAAGCGAGCAAGUGGUGGUAUG